AUGUUUGUCAAGAGUGCUGCUUCGGCUGGGCUUUUGCUGGCCCUCGCCAACUACGCCUCUGCAAGCCCGGUUCUUGCAAAGCGAGUCGAUGUCGUGGCUCCCGCGGUGGCAAACAAGUUUCUCUUGACGCCUGAUACGCCUGCGGACAACGAUGGCUCGAAUCUGUCUCUGAAGACGGAGGAGAGCUACAUCUGGUCGCACCAAGACCAAGGCAUCGUCGCCAACAUGACGCUCCAGGCCGCGAGCGGCUUCCGCCUGCUGACGGCCAUCAACAUGCAAGACGUCGUCGAGUCCGUCGACUGCGCCACCGAGGACAUCACCAUCAAGUUCGGCAGCGCCGAGUCGCUGCAGGCCGCGCAGGAGGCAUGGAAAUGGGUCAACGCCGACGCGGCCAACACCAUGAUCUACGUCGCCGAGGGCCAGGCCUGCGCGGGCACAAAGGGCCGGCAGCCCUUUUCCGUCGAGUCCAUCAGCUACGACGCCGUGGCCCAGACGGCGCUCAUGGCCGCGUCGCUGACCAAGUGGAAGGACUUUGUCGAGGACGCGAGCAUCCGGAUCGCGGGCGUCCCCGUGGAUGCCACUGGCAGCGAUGCUCAGGCAGUUAAGAGGAGGGGAGUGAGCAAGGACGUGACGAUUGACAUCGGGCACGACUUCUCGGGCCCCAUCUUCAACACGGACGUCGACGGCAUCAGCGUCGCGCUCAACUGCGACAGCUGCAAGACGCACGGCACCGCCGACGCGGACAUUACCCUGUCGCUGAGCAGCGGCUUCUCCGCGUCGGUGCGCACGCACAACAGCUUCGGCGCCGACAUGGACGUCAGCCUGACGGCGUCGGGCACCCUCACGGAUCCGCUGUCCUUCAGCGUGCCCAUUGCGACGGUGCCGCUGGCCGGCUUCUCCAUCGCGGACCUGGUCGACUUUGGCCCGCAGCUCAACAUUGCCGCCGACGCCUCCGUCUCGGCCGUCAGCGCGUCGGCCACGGCCUCGCUGGGCGUGUCGGCGAGCCUGCCGGACGGCUCGGGCUUCACGCUCGGCCAGACGGCAGAUAUACAGCCUAAUGUUCAGACGACCAAGCUCGGCGUCACGGGGUCCGUGUCUGUUGCUGCAAAGGUCGGCCCCGUGGUGUCGCUGGAGCUCGUCGCCAGCUUCCUGGGCAAGGGCGUCGUCGGGGGGCUCGCCCUGCAGGCGCCUGUGCUGAGCGCCAAGUUUGAGGGCUCGGCGAGCACCAUGGGCAUGUUGGCUUGCGGGAACAACACGGCUGAGGUGUCGCUCGAGUUGGAUGUUGGUGUUGAGCUUGAUGGCUUUGCGGGCUUUGGGGGGGCGGGGGAUAGGCCGAAUCAGAAGGCUGUGUUUCAAAAGGAUGCGCAGGUCUUUAAGUCUUGCUUGACCGUGUAA